UCGAUAAAGUUCAAUAGAAGUCCAGAUGACGACCAAAGUGAAAACUGUUUAAUGAGGGGGCUGUAUGUUUAACUAUUUCUUCAAGUUGACAAGACUUUCGAUUAGUUUUGGUGUUAAAUUGGGAGUCAGGUCCAGUCAACGGUUUUUGGUUAUUGGCCAUCUUGGAUUACGAAACAAAAGCAUUAAGCGGCGACAUGUCCUGAAGUUUUAGAAAGUAGAUUGUUGAAGUGGUGAUCAUGUUUAAACCGAUAAUGACGUCAACAGGAUGCAGACCAGUUAAACAAUGAUGGGUCGUCAUGUCGGCAGCCGAACAACCCUUCGUUCUUGAAUUGGAUGCUUUUGACAAGUUGGUCAUCAUCGCCGCUGCUUUUACAUUCUUGGCGUUUGUCGUGUUGAUACUCGUCUGCUCCCUGAGUCCAUUCUGUUGCUUGUAUGAUUUGUGUCCAUUUAAUCACCCAGAAAAGAAAGCUGUCCCGACUGCUGCUUAUGGAGCAACUGAAGGAAUUAGAUUAUACAGACCAUCCAUUAUUAAAGAUAAACCGCCCGGUUAUUGGCAUACGAUGGGCACUCUUAAAGAAUCCGACAUGUCCGAUAGUUUAUCGGACGCUGGUACUGGUGACGUCAUCGAAUUAAAACAUGAACGAACAACCAAAAUACCAAGUAAAUAUUCUUCAUCAAGUUCAACUGGUUCUGUUUCUCCGACCCUGUACGUUCAUCAAGAUGGCCGCUUGUCGUUUACGCUGAUGUACGACCGUGUAGACAGCAACCUAAGUAUCAAAAUACAACAGUUGACUAACUUCAGUGCUACGGAUCCAGAUGGCGCUACGGCACCUUACAUCAAAGUCAGAUUGUAUCGAGUACCGAAAAACUUUUUUACGUUUCGGGGUAAACUGGGCAAGGAUAACUCCACUCAGAAUUUGGUAGUUGAAAUGCAGACGAAAAUCCAGCGACGUAGUGAUGAUCCUAUAUUUAAUGAAAUGUUCACUACCCACGUUGAUCAACAUGAUAUAUCAAAUUAUACCCUCAAGUUACUCGUCUGUGAUUUCGACCGUUAUACCCGCCAUGUUGUGGUGGGCGAAGUGCUUCUCAAUUUGUCCAAAGUUGAUUGGCUGACUCAAACGGAAGUGCUGUUUGACGAACCUCUACAGCCACCAAUUGAAGAAAACUUGGGAGAUGUUAAUGUAUCUCUGAUGUUCUUACCAACAGCCGAGAAGCUAACUAUAACUAUAGUUAAAGCUCAAGGCCUGAAGAUAAUGGAUCCACAGAGAAAUACAACAGAUUCCUUUAUUAAAGUUGUUCUCAUGUACGAUGGACGUCAGAUGAAGAAAGCUAAAACCACAUUACGCGCUGGAGACGUGAAUCCUGUUUUUAACGAGAGUAUAACGUUCGACGUUCCUCUCUACCAAUUAGAUAAAGUCUACCUUAGUGUGUCGGUUAUUCAUCACGACAUGGAGAAAGACAAAAAGCAUUUGAUUGGUCGAUUAUAUCUGGGAACUCAUUUCGACCACGAUGCGCAGGAACAGUGGACGGAAAUGACGCAGAAUCCACGAAAACAGAUCAUGUGCUGGCAUCGUCUUCAGAGUUGAUGCUUUAGAACAAUUUAUGUAAAGAAUUGUUUGAACUGAACCAGGAAGACCAAAUGCCCACAGACCGAACUAAUUUAUUCGAGUUCUCUUCCACGUUGGUGAAAUAUUUUAGAAAACAAGCAGUUUAGUGUUUCAAUCUGGACCCGAGUCAGGGAAGCAGAAUACCCUCAGACUAAAUCAAUUUAUAGGAGUUCUCGUUCAGACUGGUGAAACGAUUUUAAAAACUACGCGGUUAGUGUUUCAAACUUAUGUGAUUGCGUAAAACAUUGAAUCGUGGCGACAAAAUACUCUCAGACCGAACAACGUGUUGGAAAGUCUCUUCCACAUUGGUGAAACAAUUUUUAAAAAACAUUCCAUAGAGUAUUUCAGUCUUGUAUGAUUGCGUAAAACAUUGAAUCAUUGAGCAGAAUACCCUCGGACCGAAUUAGAAGGUCUCUUCCAGAUUGGUGAAACAAUCUUAACAACAUUCCGUAGAGUAUUUUAGUCUUGUAUGAAUGCAUAUUGCACUGAAUCUCUCAGUCGGAACUACUUUUUGAGAGUUCUCCAGAUUGUUUAACGAUUUAGAAACCAUCUGCCAGUAUUUUAAUCUUAUAGUAUUGCAUAUUACAUUGUAGUAGGAGGUCGCGGCAUGGGUCAUGGUAUUCUGGUAUAGUGCUAUUAAUAAUGUGAUAUAUCUCUUGAUUGGCUUUGAUACAGCUGGUGUAUAUAAAUACAUAUGUUUGUGGUCGCUUGUCAGACGGAUUCUGAUUGGCUGUGAUAUUCAAAUGGGCAAAUGUUUGUGGUCGCUUGUCAGGCGGAUUCUGAUUGGCUGUAAUAUAGCUUUGGUAUAUGCAAAUGUUUGUGGCGUUUGUCAAACGGAUUUUGAUUGGCUGAGAUACAGCUAUGGUGUACGCAAAUCAUUUUUGCUCUCUUGUUAUACUGAUUCUGAUUGGCUAUGAUACAGCUAUGGUGUAUGCAAAUGAGUGUCGUCGCUUGUCAGACGGAUUCUGACUGGCUGUGAUACAGGUGUUUGUGAUUGGCGGAGGACUAUUAUUGUAUAUUAGGUUAGAAAGAAUUUGUUUUUGUCAAAAUAUCUUUUUCAAAAUAAUAAUUUUACAAUGUAUAUAAAAUGUAUAUAGAAUAUAUAUAGACAAUAAAUGAUAUUUGGUAUGGUGUCUUCCACAAAGCCAAUACUGUUCCAGAGAGUUUGUAUAGGCCUACUCCACUAAAUACAAAACCUUUUUCUGUUUCCCCUCGAACUCAUAUUACCUUAAUGAUUUAAUGUUUUUUGUUCACCUGUACAAUCGGAUUAAAUUACAGAUCCUAUUUCGUUUCGUUUUUUUUAUAGUUCAAAAUUUCGUUUUACUUGCCUUCACUACACCAGGAUCUUGAAGAGUUGUUAUAUAACCCGCGUUCUGGUUGAUGUGAAGGAUUGGCCAAUAAAAUUGUCUGUCGUGGCGAGUUCUUGGCGUGUAGUGAGUGCACUGAACUGUAGGUAGACAUUCUCAGUAAAGACAAAGCAAAAGUUGUAUUUCCAAAUACCCACUUGAAACACCAAGCUGAUUGGUUAAUCAAAUGUCUGACGUUAUAGGAGCAAAACCUGCUCGUAUGACCCGUGACGCGACCUCCCACUACAAAAGAUUCGAUCUUCAUGUAGUGGAGGCCAUCGAAAGUCUAAAACAAUGAAACGAAAUAUAAAUCCGUAUUUUAAUCCGAUUGUAGUUUUAUUAUUAGUUGUAUACACAACAAACUUUGUCCGAAACAAUCCUUGUCUGAUAUAGGGUUGUCUUUCUUCUGUGUUUUAUUGACUUCUGGCACCAAUUUCAAAAUGUUAUUGACUAGUUCUAAAAUCAUUAAUUCCAUUCCUGGAUAUAUAGUAUGAAAUAAUUGUAAUUUAUUAGUGUAUAUACCCGUGGAUCUUAAGGGCGUGGUUUAAUUAGCUGUAUAUACCCGUGGAUCUUAAGGGCCUGGUUUAAUUAGCUGUCUAUAACAGUGGAUCCUAAGGGCGUGGUUUAAUUAGCUGUAUAUACCCGUGGAUCUUAAGGGCGUGGUUUAAUUAGCUGUCUAUAACAGUGGAUCUUAAGGGCGUGGUUUAAACAUAAAUUCAUUCAUGUAUUGGAUUAUAUUAUAAUAUAUUAUCUGGGGAAUGCGCACAUCUGUAUUCUUUUGGUCACAAGACGUUAAUAAAGGCCUCACUGUAGACUGAUGUAAGUGGGAUUUUUAAAUGUUACGCCUUUUUCUAGUUUGAGCUAUCUCGAAUUUAAUAUUUUUUUAUGUUUUCAUGGAAACUAAUUUGUUCUUGGUAUUAUUGACGACCGAAAAUGCCUUAUAGAACAUGAAAAAUGAACUCGGCCCUUUCCAGGAACGGUCGGUUAGGGAAAUCGAGAGCUUCUGUUUAAUAAAGCACUGCCUAUUUUUAAUUGUAUUUUCUUUAGAAUCUAUCAGGGUUAUCAAUAUGUUUAAUAUUAUAUUUGCUCAUUGGCAGCUCUUCUGGGCAGAUCUUACAACUACUUCAACAAGAACACUUAUUGUUUUUUUUUUUCUCUUUCUUGAGACGGGAGGGGCAAAUUGAGGUAUUCUCAAAAGUUGGUGUUUGUAACAUCAAUUAAUAAGUGAAACAUUGCAAUUAAUUGGUGAAACAUUUUAAUUAAUAAGUGAAACAUUGUAUUUAAUAAUUGAAACAUUGCAAUUAAUUAGUGAAAAAGUGUAAUUAAUAAUUGAAACAAUACAAUUAAUUAGUGAAACAGUGUAAUUAAUAAUUGAAACAUUGCAAUUAAUUAGUGAAACAUUGUUUUUAACAAGUAAAACAUUGUCUUUAUUUAGUGAAACAUUGUUUUUAAUAAGUGAAACAUUGUUUUUAAUAAGUGAAACAUUGUAAUUAUUAUGUGAAAAAUAGACAUUGUAAUUACUGUAUUUGACUUAUUAAGGGGAAUAUAAUAAUUAUUAAGUGAAAUAUAGAAUUGUGCCAUCAUAAAUCAAUCAAACAUUUUAUGUGUAUAUAAAACGCUUUUCAUCAACCUGCAUGGAUUAUUGUAAUCAUUGAGUAUAGGGCAUGGUUUUAUUAUUAUUAUUUGUAUAAGAAAUCUACAUUUAAACGUACAUUAUGCAAGUGCCAAAUCUGUCUAUUGCGGGUCUUUCUUUAGGCCUGAAAUGUUAUCUAAAUUAUUAAUUAGACAUUAAUUAACCUAUCUAGAUGGCAUCGCUAGCCUGCAUAACUUUCCUUCGCGAUUUAACGAUUAAAUAGAUAAUCGACACUAUGCUAUUUAUCGUACUGACUUUAGUAAUGAUGAUCGAGGCUAGGCGGAAAUUGCAAUCGCUUAGUUCUCGGUUCAUAGUGAAUCAAUUUGAAUGAAAAUUUCAGCGAAUUGCCUUUACAUUAUCUAGUUUUUAACUAAUAUAGUGAGAACUGCCAGCUCUUUAUCUAAUCUCCUAUGAUGCAUCUUUUAACGUAUAAUAACUGUGAGAUAACACUUCUUACGUUAUUAAGUGGAUUGUUUUCUGUUUUGAAUAAUUUGGUAUAGUACAUUUAUUCGUAGAUUUUUGUUGUGUAAUUGUUUGUGUGUGGUGCAGUCCUCCUGCACUUACUAUUAAACUUGUAUAUAUAUAUGAAUAUGCUUAAUGAUAAGGCCAGCUCAAUUGUUCGUCAUAGGUCACGAGGUGUGAACAGGGCUAGCGCUAUAAUCCCAACCCUAGCCCUGGACCUAAGCCUAACCCUGGACCUAGCCUCGAUGCUAACCCUAACCUACAAUCUCUCCAACAGUCCCGUACCCUAAACGUAUUUACAUCUCAGCGAACUUGGCAAAGGAAGACCAUCAGCGCCACCGACACCAAAAGAACUGCGAAACCAACCAUUUAUAUUAAUCCAUGUAUUGCAUGCAUUUUUAAUAAAACUAGGAAAUAUCACGAACCAAAUUUUCAUCAUCCUAGGUCAGUGCUUAUGUGGAGACUCACCCUUCGCCGCAUAUUCUUAAACCUUAAGCUAAAAUAUCGCAAACAAUCACGUGCCCUAACCUUAUUAACAUCUCAACGACCGUGACAAAAAUUGAGUUGGCCUUAACAAAUAGAUUUAGCCGUGGAUAAUAGAUCCUAAUUUGAAUAUUUUAAUAUGUGGUCGGACAGUGCAAUAUGACAACAAUAUACAGAGCAUGUUAUAUUAUUAUAUUAUUUAUAUAUACUUAUAUAUUUAUAUCUUUAUUGAGUGGCAUUUAGCAAGUAAUAAACACAAAAACAUAAUAUGGAACCAGGAGCGGAUCCAGAUGGAGUGUGGUGCACCCCCCCCCCUCCUCCGCAUUGUCAACUGACAAAUUACCUUAACAGGAACCUGGCAAACCCCCUCCUACAAAAAUUCCUAGAUCCGCCGCUGGAUAACAUUGAGAGAACCCUGUGCGUGCGUAGUGGCGGCGCCACCCGUCGGUGGUUGGAGGGGCAAAACUGGGGCAUGCGUGCAUGGAGUUUUACGUCCACUUCCACCAAGGGUGAUAUCGUAGACAAGAGAAAACCCUCAACGAAACAAAAUUGAGUUCCAUAUAAUAUUUUUUUGUGUUGAUUGUAUAUUUAUAGUGGCUAAUUAUUUGGGAAAUGAUGUAAAAUGAAUUUAUUGCUGCUGUAAUAUAUCCUAGUUAAAUAUAAUUAUAUUUAUGUUA